AUGACAACAGAAAAUGAAUUCCGCAGCGUGGAUGAUAUCAUACUAAGCCCCGGGAAUAAUGACAAUUCAGUAUCUCAAAGUGUCUCAGACAGGGAACCCACCAAGAGGAAGGCUUCCAUAGAUAUAGACAGCUCUUCGCCGAAACGCAUGAGACAUGACGACCACUUUCGUGAAGCUACGAACGAACGACCAAGGAGGGGCUCAUCACAGGAGCGCCGCAGUUUCUAUGGCGGCUCCAAAGGUGUCGAUGUCGAUCGCCGAAAAGUCGCGACGCAGGAAGAGAAGAAGCGCGGCAAACGUUUAUUCGGCGGGCUCUUGAGUACUUUGAGUCAGACGAGUGGCGAUUCGACGCAGAAGAGACGCCUGGAGAUAGAGCGAAGACAACAGGAACGGAUGCGCAAACAAAGCGUCGAAGAUGACAAGCUACGGGCAGAAAAGAGAGCGAGAGCCAUGGAGGCUCGCAAAGGUGACCAGAUUGUGUUUGAUGAGGAAGUUAUGCGAAACAAGCAUACCAAAAUGCUUGCGGUGGCUCAAUACCUACGGACGAAAUCACAACCGCAGAUCUAUUAUCUCCCUUGGAAACUCACAGAAGCACAGGAGGAUACGAUAGAAGAGCAAACACGGCAUGCGAAGGCUACAGUAGAGCGGGAAGUGGAAGCUUUUAAUAAAAGAAAAGAACGACAGGCGGACACUGGCAGACGAUUUUCAGCACGAACAGAAACCACGGUGCACUUAAAUGAGGAAACGGUUCAUGGCUCUAAAACCACGGAUGGCUCAGAACACCCAGGAAUAACUCAAAAGACGGGAAAUGAAGCUGAUCAACAUGGUCAUCACCACGAUGAGGCACUUUAUGGUUAG